AUGCCUGUUUCUCUUCUUUUCUCUACAGGAUGUUUCGUGUGGUGUUCAUCGGCCUCUAGUCAUCAACUGCGUGCCGUUUUUAGCAUGGGUGGAAUAAAAGGCGACAUCAAAUUUUCUCAGCGGCAAAAUAGGAGCUCUACGAGCAUCAUGGUUGACAUAACAGGCGUCAACGAAACUCUGACGUGGGACAUUCGACAGCUGCCAAUGAUCUACGAUGGAAAUGCGGAUAUGAGUUGCAACUCAAGCGCAGUUGGGGCAAUUUUCGACCCGACGAUGGCCAUGAAAUCUGAAAACUACAGCAAUUCUUGCCGUCUGUCAAAUGCUUCAAGAUUCCACGACUGUGCUGUUGGUGAUUUAACGGGAAUGCUGGGAGCUCUGGAUGCCAACAGUGCACAGCAAAACUUCACAUUCCAGAACUUGACAAUUCCAAUCAGUGGGCCUAACAGCAUCAUGGGUAGGACCUUAGUUCUUUACAAGGGUGGCAUACCAAAAGCCUGUGCAUUAAUUACACCAGUUCAUCCCAUGAUAACCGCAGUGGCUGUUUUCUCGAUGCCCGUUGCAGGUUUUGUUUAUCUGAGAAAAGUCAAAGAUCACGCAGACACAACUAUAUUUGUUAACCUGUUCUAUUCUAACGACGCUCAAUCCCAAAGUCAGUUUUCUUGGCAGAUAAACCAAGUAUCUUCCAGCUGUGGUACGUCGGGAGACCUUUUCAGCCCUGAAAACAAUAACGGACAAAGCUGUUCGCAUCUUGAGCACGACAAAUGCCGGGUUGGCGACUUGACUUCAAAGCACGGCAACAUCACUGUCUCCAUGGCCACAAAUAGUCAAUCCGCAACAAAAGCGGCCUUCAUUGAUACGAACCUUCCACUUACAGGAGCCAACAGCGUCGUUGGUAAGACAAUUGCCUUAUUCUCAAGUAACGAUUCGCAGACGCCUUUUGCCUGCGCAACGAUAAAGCAAGUUAAACCAAGAGUUUUCAAAACUUCUUUCAAAUCGAACGUUCAUGACGGUGUAGAAGGCUAUUUCAAGUUUACCCAGCUAUCUCCUUUUGACCCCACAACGACGGAAAUACAGUUGACCGGACUAAACAAAAAGGCUGAAGGAUAUCACGUACACAACUAUCCCAUGCCAUGGCAGAUGACGUACACUGGAAGUCAAUCGUGUGCAGGUGACUUCCUUGGGGGACACUGGAACCCUUUUGGCGUGGAUGUCAAAGCCAGCCCUUCUGCCGGAACUGGUAUGAUGUCUCAUAGUAUAGACCCACCUUCGUUACUAAGCAGCUCAUAUCAAGCACCACUUCUUUUCAUAGGGCAUUAGUUUCAUUUUUGUUUUUCUGAAAACACUCUGCAGAGAGUAUCAGUGCGGCUUGUAGGUGGCUGAAAUGAUCUAAUCCAACGAAACGAUACAUUGGCACUUCAGUAUCCCCGCUUUUAAGACUGAUGAAUGUUAUCUUAUAAAAGUAUUUUUAUACUUCAUUUUCUUAACACAAAGCAAAGGUCACCUUAGGCUGUGCCUUUCUGUUUCAAUUAAACUUUAUUUCUCCCGAUUUCAUUUCUUUAUUAAGCCACGUACUCUAUAUCUAUACAGGGACAAAUGAUCAGUAUGAAGUUGGCGACCUCAGCGGAAAAUAUGGAUCAUUUUUAAAUCUAACAAGCUACAGCGAGACACACGUGGACUACAACCUUCCCUUGUUUGGUAAAAACAGCAUCCAGGGAAGAUCUAUAGUCAUCCACAGACAGAAAACAAUGGGAAGUGGGAGAUGGGUAUGUGCAGUCAUUGGUGUGACUCAUGAAGAGGGCUUGUUUGUCAUGACGACCAAAGUAACUUUUGUUGGACCAGCUUUACAAGGAUACAUUCUCCUGGUGAGUCACUUUUGUUUUAAUGUAUUUACCUGAAGGUGGGGAUAGUGAAUCGGAUAGCCAAAUAACCAGUACUAUAGCAAAAAGUUGCAUUUUGUUGCGCUGUACAUAAUACUAUGGGCAUUGAUUUCUAUAUGCACCAGAAAAGUACUUGCAAUGCUAAAGCUCUACUUUAUCACAAUAGAGACCUUCCAAACAUUCAAUAGACCUUUCCCGCAUUCCUGUAAUCAAAGGCACCAACUCGAGGCUUGAGAGGACAAAAUACAGUGAUUUGUAAGAAAUAGUCCACCCGAGCCUCUUCCUCAUUUCUUUGUGUUUGCUCACUGAAGCGUAACGUGGGAAAGGUCUAUUAUCCUUCCUAAUCUUCAAAACAAUGCUCUCAUUGAUAAAGCUUGUACAAAGAAAAGCUUUGUCUGCCACCAAACUAAGUUGUAUUUUUCAUGUGAAUAUCUGCCUACUACGUACCUUAAUGACUUUGAAUCGAAACAUCCGUUGGCAAUAAAGCAGAAAGUAAUUGUGUUGAUUCACCGCUGACAAUUCUAUCAAAUUUCUCUUUUUUUAGGCUCAGUACAAGUGGCAAAACAGCCUAAUGGCGUCUGAGGAGACAUCAGUUUACGCUGAUCUAAAAUAUGUAAAUGAUUCAAGUAAACAGGUAAUAAAAAUAUAUAAAACUAUGAUAACUCUAGCUGUUUCUUGCAAAGCUAUAAUACUGCCUCUCGCAACUAUUCUUGCUAGGAUUAAGACGGUUUGAUUAACCUCAGUCUGGGAUAAGAAAAGAUAGAACUAAGUGCAGAAUUCAUGGAUCAGUCACUUUUAGAAAGCCAAUUCCUCAGCUGAGCAAACGCCUUGGCCCGGUCGUUUAAACGCUGGAGAGCGCUAUCCAUAAGUUAAGUAUUAUAGGUAAACCAGUCGUUUUAUCCACCAGGCCCCAGUUUUUCAAAAGGUGAAUAACGCUAUCCACCGGAUAAAUCACUAUCCACUGGAUUGCGCAAUUGGUUUCCGUAACACUUAUCCGUUGGAUAGUGAUUUAUCCGGUGGAUAGCGCUAUCCAACUUUUCAACAACCGGGGGAAGGUAAAGAUUUAUCUGGUGGAGCGCUAUCCACUUUUGGCAAGAACAUUUGAUUUAAAUCAAGUUUUCAUCUAUGUUAGUAGUUGAGACGGUCAAAUGUCCCACGAUAUGGACUUGCAGACUUGGUGUGGUACUAAAUGAUUUGUGUUUUUCACCAGAGUUUACAGCAUCCGUGGCACGUGCACGUAAAUCCAGAGGGUGGCGACACAUACGCUGAGAUGGGCAAGAGAUGCAAGAGCCUCGGAGGACACUAUAACCCUUAUGGUGUAGACUUAGCUGUAAGUAUCGUCAUUCAGCAAGGCUGCGCGCGGGCGUUCACACGGCACUGGACGAAUUUUCAACUGGCUGAAAAAUUUGAGGGGACACCUCGUCACACAGAACUGUUCGUUCCGUUUGAAUCUUAACAGAGCGCUUCUUUAGCAAAUCUAAAAUGGCGUCUCCCAGAGUCACACCUUCGCCGUACAAAAAUUGAGAUGGUUAUGUUGUUCAUACCGUGCCGACGUCAAAUUUUCGACCAAGUCGGCUACAGAUUUGACCUCGAUUUUGGCAUUCAAAUUUUUGAACAGGUGGGCGUUUUAAUCUUCGUACGGUUAAGGUGGUACGGUGUGACCGGAACACCUAAACGCACGAACAUAGGAAUCCAAGACAGUCUUGGAUUGGUUUCCAGAUUCCCUUACAUGGGGCGAAAACUGCCGAAAAUUCGUCCAGCGCGGUGUGACCGUUGCGCAAGACUGAGCACUUUAAAAAACUCAGCUUUGAUUUAACGAUUCACGUAGGAAUCUGAUCGCGUCUUACAGCUGUUCAUGACACAGUCAAACCAAUGACCUGACAUGCCCAUUAUUUUGCCCCACUAUUUUCUGCUUGAUACAGAUAGGAUAGUGACAUUUUCAGUUUUUAGAGUGCUGAUAUGGCUGAUAUGGACAGAAAUAUGCUAGCCCUAGCACUGUAACAUAUAAAGAUUACUGACUCUGAAAUAGAUCAGACUGGUAAUAUGGAAAGAAGUUGAAAAUAGAGGUAGACUAAAUUCCCAUUGAUCCAGAACAACUUUAAUACAAAUGAUCUUUGUCCAGUGGUGAUGUACUGUAAGACUCAACUCAAGUAAGAGUCAACUCUUCCUCAGCGGUGAUUCAUAAACUGUUACUAACAGGUCUAUUCUACAUGAAUGGGUUUAUAGGGAACGUACAAGCCAGCUUGUUCCUCUGGAAACAUGUUGCGUUGUGAAGUUGGCGAUCUAUCUGGCAAGCAUGAAAGGCUGAAUAUUGGUUCUGGAAAGCAGUUUUAUACGGAUCCAAGUCUUCCAUUGUUUGGUGAAUGGUCAGGUAAAGAUCCAGAUAACUUUGCUUUUAAAAUUGCCAAAACUGCAGUUUCGACAAAAGAAAAAGUCUAAGGAACGAAUUUGAUGUUUCUUUUCUAGUUGUUGGCCGCGGAAUUGUAGUUCAUGAAAAGAACAGUGGAUCUGCUCGUCUUGCCUGUGCCACCAUCAAACCAGUGAAUACUUUGUAUGUGGAGAAAACGCUGAAUUAUGUGGAAGGAACGACAUUUUCAAGGUAACUUUUACUCAACUCGUAUUACCAAUGCCAAGAUUAAAGAGAGGCAUUCCGUGCUAAUAAGUGAAAAAUUCAGAGCGAUUGGCUAAAAUAUAUGUACGAUCUAUUCAAAGUUAACCUAUGUUUCGCAAUUCACGAAUUAAUGUUCUCGAAUCUGAAGGAUUGCUGUUUCAUUGUAAUGAAGAACGAAUUUGGAAUGCAGCGAUACCCUAGAUCAACACCCGCGAAACAUUCAGAAAGCCGACGAACUUUAUCAUGUUGUUUGGUUUUGUUUUAGGGUUACUUUUACAAAAUCUAUAUCGGCGUUGCUGAAAAUACCAGAUUGGAGACUGUUUUACAUCAGAGAAGAGGAAAGCAGGGUUCAAGGCUGUAUGACCGUCAAAUUUGGAAUCAUGGGCAAUGGUUAGUAAGUCCCUAAACGAAUAUAGAGCAAUCAAAGGAUUAAGUACUGACAUAUUUUUUCGCAAGGGCGAGAUUUUAAACACUUUUUAGGGAGAUAUUUCUCAACUAACCUAGCAUUAAAGCUUCAGUAUUUUCUCCUAAAACUCUUUAAGUAGGCAUCCUUUUAAAAAACUUUGCGAAGUCAUUGUACUGGAUGAUUAAGGUUUACUAAUAUGUUUUCGUCUUUCUUUUACUUCAGCAAAUCAAGUCGAUGAGCCAUCUAAAGCUUUUGAUCUGGUUGUAAGCACAAGGCCAGGACUGUUAAAGGAGUUCCAACCAAAAACCAAGUGUCUCGGAGGUAAGAGACAAAAAAAAAAUCACGAAAGAAUGAUUAAGACCUGAGUUAUUUUCCUGUGAGAUAAACACUGAAACUCUUCACAGUGCCCCGUUCUAUGUCGAAAAGUCCUAUUAUUUUGGGAAAAUGCAGGUCAGCAGGAAGGAUGCCCAUGUUCUUUCGGCUCACAGCAUCGAUAUUAGAGAGUGAGAUUGAGUAUUGUGAAAUUUCCCAAAAGUCUUGGUAAAUCUUGUGCUGCCGUGAUUUCACUUCCAAAAUUAGGUAUCGGUCUACCACAACCCUCGAUAUGAUUAGGGAUAGACCUUACUUUUAACACAACAGCUGACCGAUUUCAUACAUUUCCCCCUUUUUCUUUCACAGAACCACCAAUACCUACUAAGCCCAGCGGAACAGGAAUUAAUCGUGUCAACAUCUUCUUCGUCCUUUUAAGCGUGGUCUUAGUCAUGAUGCAAGCUUCUUUAGAAUAA